CAAAGAGGAGCAAGUCUUCCCCGCUUGUCGUGCGGGGAUGAGGAAGAUGACACACGUUUCGGGGGAAGGACUCUAGCAAGCCGACUCUUGGCACAAACAGCUUGUCUUUCGGUGAUGGGGCAUCUUCGGCCGAGGUUGGGGUGUCACGGCAUGGGGAGAUGCGUUCAACUUCAGACGGCUUCAAGCCUCCCUGCAGCCAUCUCUUAUAAUAAACGAGCCUCGAGCUUGGCGUUUCUCAAGCACCUCCCAAAGCCUCGGAAGGACAUCGUCGUAGGUGCUUGAGCCCCCUCUCCCCCUCCCCAGAAGCAGAGCAGACUGUCACCAUGGCGGGCAAGAAACGAUACGCCCUCGUGGGCACGGGCGGCCGGUCCAGCUUCUUCUACACGGCCAUCGCGACCGACUACCGUGCAACCUCCUGCAUCGUGGCCCUCUGCGACACGAACCAGACGCGGAUGAACUACGCCAACAGCCGGCUCGCGGCGCUGGGGCACGGCACCGUGCCGACGUUCCUCGCCGCCGACUUCGACAAGAUGAUCGAGACGACCAAGCCGGACGAGGUGAUCGUGACGACCAUCGACCGGACGCACCACACGUACAUCGUGCGGGCGCUGGAGCUCGGGUGCAACGUGGUGACGGAGAAGCCCAUGACCAUCGACGCGCCGCGGUGCCUCGACAUCUUCUCGGCGGUCGAGCGCACGGGGCGGGCGGUGCGCGUCACCUUCAACUACCGGUACGCGCCGCACAACACCAAGGUGUUCGAGCUGCUGCGGGCGGGGGCCAUCGGCACCGUCACGUCGGUGCACUUCGAGUGGCUGCUCAACACGUCGCACGGCGCCGACUACUUCCGCCGCUGGCACCGCGACAAGCGCAACAGCGGCGGCCUGCUGGUGCACAAGUCGACCCACCACUUCGACCUGGUCAACUUCUGGCUGCAGACCCGCCCGCUGUCCGUCUACGCCCAGGGCGACCUCAAGUUCUACGGCCGCGAGAACGCCGAGAAGCGCGGCGUGACGCGCUUCUACAGCCGCGCGCACGGCAGCGAGGCCGCCAAGGCGGACCCGUUCGCGCUGCACCUCGAGACGAUCCCGACGCUCAAGGCGCUGUACCUGGACGCCGAGCACGAGGACGGCUACCACCGCGACCAGAGCGUGUUCGGCGACGGCAUCAGCAUCGAGGACACCAUGAGCGUGCUGGUGCGGUACCGCAACGGCGCCGUCAUGACGUACUCGCUGACCGCGUACGCGCCCUGGGAGGGGUUCCGCGUGAACUUCAACGGCACCGGCGGCCGGCUCGAGGUCGAGGUGGUCGAGAACAGCUACGUCAACUCCGGCGGCGACCCGGCGCUCGAGGGCUCAAUCGAGCGCCGGUCCAUCCUGCUGCGCCCGCUGUUCGAGCCGCCGCGAGAGAUCGAGAUCGCGGAGGCCAGCGGCGGCGCCCACGGCGGCGGCGACCGCGUGCUGCUGCAGGACCUGUUCGGCGAGCCCGUCUCCGACGAGUAUAUGCGCGCCGCGAGCCACAUCGACGGCGCCGCGUCCAUCCUGACCGGCAUCGCGGCGAACAGGUCGAUUGCCACGGGGCAGGUCGUCUAUGUCGACGACAUCCUGAAGCUGCCCGGCUAAGUCUGGGUCGGUGGGUGGGUGAACGAGAGGGAAGGAUAGAUCAGAACAACCAAGUCUAAAGCUCUCCAAGCCGAAUCCCAUCGCAGUUGUUCAUGCGUGU